CCCACAGUGGGUAUUUAAGGUAAUGUAAGACGAGGGCUGUGGUACAGUCAUGAUCUCCCGUCCUGUGUCAGUCUCCAGUCUGGGUCGUUGUUUGCAAUUGUAUCUGCUGAUGCAGCUACAGUUAACUAGUAUGACAGAACCACUCUCCGGACAGAGCAAGAACUUCUUCAGCUGCGACACUGAUGAGCAUUUGUCUGGGAGCCACUGCUGCAAGAACUGUAGUGCAGGUGAGUUUGUCCAGGAGUCCUGCACAACCCCCCACACCCUAGGACAAUGUGAGAAGUGUCACCCAGGGACAUUCACAGAGGCUAGUAAUGGCCUACAGUUUUGCAUACCUUGCUCCAGCUGUGGAAGAGAUCAAGAACCAGUGGCCAACUGCUCUGCCACCAGUGACCAGAAAUGCCGGUGCCGAAUGGGUCUUUUCUAUUCUGAUGCUGAUUCCACUGAAUUCUGUCGCCGGUGCACCAAGUGUCCCCAGGGAGUCCCUGUCCUCCAGAGAUGCAACUCCACAGCAAACACAGUGUGCGGUCAGGCUGACACAAAUCACAGAAACCGGCUGUAUCUACUAAUUAGUCUUUCAACCUUGUUUGUUAUUGCCAUUGUCUGCUGUUACCUGCGAAAAGUAAGGCCCUGUAGGAGUCUUUGCUGUACGAAGUUCUCUGGUGAAGUCUCUCCUUGGGAACAAGUGACAGCUUAACUGAAGGGAAGUCCUGCAAGUCCGGCUCCAAAAGAAGCUCAGAACGGACGGCUACCCAUGGUGCCUGUGAGAAUACCAAAGAGCAUGCUGGCCUCCAGGCCCACUCAGUACCUGUGACUCUUCUCGGCUCUUCUCCCCCCGCACCUUCCCUGAACCUCUCCAGCUCAUGGGCUCCCUUCCCCCAGUCUCUCAUUCCUAUAUAACCCCGCUGUUUCAGCCUUGUGCCUUCUUAGCUCUCCCCAUCUUGGCAUUCUCUUGCCCCUUCUUUCUUGGUCCUUUCUUAUCUUCCUCUUUCUCUCCCCACUCCUCACCCCUUCUCAUGGCCCAGUUCAGUCUGCUGGCCAUGUUUGGUUUGCUACUUCUUCUGUCUGCUCUGGCUCUUCCAGAAGCAUCUAGCUGUAAUUUCCCUCAUAUCUACAAUAACAGCUUUCUCCCAACCGUAACUGGAAUGGAUAUGUCCUUACUCUAUGUGCCUGGUGCCCGAAACCCAGGAAGAACAUUUAUAAUCCCCUUCUGUUGGGAACUAUAAAAAUGACUUCAUUUCAUCUUGACUUAAUAUCAGAGAGUUCAAAACUGUUCUUACUCUCCCCAGGUUAAAGUCAUAAAACCUAAAUGUCUAAGAUGUGGCUACUGUAGGAUGCUUGAUCUUGGUUGUAGAUGUCUUAUCUAAAUAACAAGAGAAGACUUGGCCUGAGGUAUGGUUACUCUUAACCCUUAAGGCCAGGUAGCAAGAAAUUUAGUCUAAGGUGGAAAAUUAAGAAAGAAGGCCUGUUUAUUCCUUGUAUCUUGACAAAGAAGUCUUCAGCCAUGUUUCGCUUUUUGGUUGGGGUAUUUAAGAAUGUUGAAGAAUAAGCUUAGGGCAUUCAGUAUUGUCCUCCUGACUCUUACCUGUGUCUCUAUCUUUUAUCUUUUCCUUAGCAUCUUUAUCUGCCGUUUCUCAAUCCACACUCCCCUUCUCAGGCACGAACACAGAGUAAUACAGACUGAUUCCAUAACGUGACGCUACUGCAGAUGGCUACUACACCCUUCCAAGGGUCUCAGCCUCCCCUAACUAAACCAACUUUCCUAAGACAUGUGUGUAUGGAUCAUUUGUUUCUACUGGCUCCUGCCACCCUCCAUAAUUGGCUUAAAUUUUAGGGUUUACCCCCAGUCACUUCUACCUGCCCUAACCAUUUGUCUCUCCUUGCCUGCUCAGUAAGUUUCUUCUCAGUGGCUCUGGCUCCUGGGGCCUGCUAUGCCCUCUUGUGUACUGAACCCAUGGCCAUCUCACUGCUAAGAGGGUUGCUCCUCUUUCUCUGUCUCUCCUAGUCCCCCUCUUCAGCUGCUUUCUUCCCCACCUGCUCCACCAACUCCUCUCUCCUCCUCUACUGGGUAAGUGUCUCCCUGGAGCUGUCUGCUUUGUCCAUUAUUACUGUGAAAGCCACACCAGUGUGCCAGGAAGCAUCCUCUCACCCUCCAGGGUCCCCAUCACUUAGACAGAGAUGCCUCUCCUUUGACUUGGGAUAUUUCUCUCUGGCGGUCUCUGUCCCCUUGGGGCUGCCCUGGAUUGAAAUUCUUGUCACCAGGACACUUACACUUCUCUCUUCUGCCCUUGUCCCUUCUAUCUCUCAGCUCCCUCCAGGAAGUCCUGCAGCUUCCUUAUGCCCUCUUGGUCUCCAGGGUAUUGGAACCCUCCUUCAGUUGGAGUUACUGUUUGUGGACCCUGUCCUCCUCUCCUCUUCAGAGCUGUCUGCUCUGCCUCCCCUUUGCGACCUCCUGGACCUGUACAGUAAUGGAAUACUUCCUGGAUGGAGUUCUUCCUUUGGACCCUGUCUCUAUCUCAGAUUCCUCUUGGAACCUUCCCACGGUGGAAUUCCUGUCUCCAACCCUUUCUCUUUUCCUCCUUGGACUCAGAAAUUCCAUUAAAGCCUCAUUGUCUUACUACAAAUGGCUUGGCCUCAGUACAGGUCAAUGGCCAAAGCCAGCACACUUGAUUUCUAAAACCUCUCAUGUGGUAACAACUCUGCCACUGCACAAACAAAUGAUCCCAACUCUCUUAUAUCUCAACUUUCUCUGCUCUACACUUCCCAACUCUCUUUUAUCAAAUUUUUCCUACUUUUCACCUUUAAAGAUCUUUUAUCUCUAUGAUUUCUUUGUUCUCUGCUCUCAAAGAAAUUCUCCUAAGACCAUUGUGUAAACUCCGUCACAGAAGUUGUAAGUUCAGUAGGUAUGGUUAAAAUUUUUCAAAAUCUGUAAUAAAAGGUUAAAACAUAA